AUGAAAAAAGGAUACAAAGAAGAAGUUGAUGCUCAAGUUGCUGAAUUCUUUUACACCAGUGCCAUUCCUUUCAAUGUAAUUAGAAAUCCAGCAUUUGCAAAGAUGUGUGAAAUGAUUGGUAAGUAUGGAGUUGGAUACAAACCACCAUCUUAUCAUGAUAUUAGAGAGAAGCUCUUGAAACAAGCUGUGAAGAAAACAGAUGCAAAUCUUGAGGAAUAUAAGGAGGAGUGGAAGAAAACUGGAUGUACAAUUAUGUCUGAUGCUGAUAAAGUUUUCAAAAUGUUGGAUGAUGUUGUCGAGUUUGUUGGAGAAGAAAAUGUUGUUCAAGUUGUCACUGAUAAUGCUGCAAAUUUCAAGGCAGCCGAAGAGUUGUUGAUGCAAAAGAGGGAAAAAUUGUAUUGGACUCCAUGUGCAGCACAUUGCAUUGAUUUGAUAUUCGAAGAUUUUGAAAAAAAUUUGAAGGUCCAUGAAUUGACCAUUAAGAAGGGAAGAAAAAUUACAACUUACAUUUAUGGGAGAUCAAUGUUGAUUUCCUUAUUGAAAAAGUUUACUAAAGGUAGAGACCUUAUAAAACCGGGUGUGACUAGAUUUGCCACGGCUUAUUUAACUCUUGCUUGUCUUCAUGAAUUGAAGGCAUCGUUGUUGACCAUGUUCAGCUCUGAGGAAUGGAAGACAAGCAAGUUUGGAACUUCACAAGAGGGGAGAAAAGUAGCACAUGUAGUAUUAGAUAGCCGAUUUUGGAAGAAUGUCUCCAUAUGCUUGAAAGCUGCUGCCCCUCUCAUGGUUGUCUUAAGAUUAGUGGACUCAGAUGUAAAACCUGCAAUGGGUUUCAUUUAUGAAGAGAUGGACUGUGCAAAAGAGAAGAUUAGGUCUAACUUUAACAAUAUCAAAAAGAGUUAUGAAGAGGUUUGGAGAAUAAUUAAUGCUCGAUGGGAUAAUCAGCUUCAUAGGCCUUUGCAUGCAGCUGCCUAUUUUCUAAACCCUCAUUUCCACUAUGAACCUAACUUUAGAUCUGAUGAUGGUGGAGAGGUGAAAGAAGGAUUGUAUUUUUGCAUGAGAAGAUUGAUACCAGAUAUGGCAGAAAGAAGAAAAAUUAAUUUACAAAUUGUUGAAUUUCAUAAUGCUAGAGGCCUGUUUGGAAUGGAAGAUGCAAAAGAGUGUAGGAAAGAGUUAAAUCCUGGGGAAUGGUGGGACAUGUUUGGUGAUGGAACUCCAAAGUUGAAGAGAUUUGCUAUUCGAAUUAUAAGCUUGACUUGUAGUUCUUCUGGAUGUGAGCGUAAUUGGAGUUCAUUUGAAAUGGUUCAUACAAAGAGAAGGAAUCGUUUACAUCAAAAAAAGAUGAAUGAUUUAGUUUAUGUGAUGUAUAACUCCAAGCUGAAAAGUAGACAGAUUCGAAAAACUAUAACUCUUCCAUUUGAUGACAUAGAAUCAGAUGAUGAAUGUAUAGCUGAAGAGACAGAUGAUGUUGUUGAGAUUGAUCAAGUUGAAGGUGAAAAUGAUAGUGAAAAUGUUCACUUAGAUGGAGCAACAACAGAUCCUGUUUUAGAUGCUCUUGAUCUUGAUAACAUAACAUUUGAGAAUAAUGAGGAUGCACAAGCACAACAUUCAUUAGAGGAAGAGUUAGAUGAUGAUGAUGAUGAUGGAGAUGAUGAUGCCAUUAUUAGAGGAUUAGAGGAUUAG